GACACUUGUUUCCAACUUUAUUAAGAGAAGUAUCGUAUUCACAGAAUCAACUAAGAAUUGUAUCGAAAUCUGCCCAUUUUUAAUGCCCAAAACCUCGUGCUCUCUUCAAACUCCAAACCCUCCUUCCCUGCUCUCUCUCCGAUUCACAUUGUCAGUCACUUAGUUUUAGUAUCUGGAACUCUGAAUAAACCAUGAGUGAAACUCCCGGUAAAAGGUUGCAUGAGGAGGGUGGUGGUGGCUGUGGCAGUGAUGGUACUGGUCAUUACUCCCCCUCGAAACAUCCACGGUAUGAUUUGGUUCAAUUCCCCUCCAAUGUUGGGCCAAAGAUGACUCGUUCGUCGGUUGUGAAUGAUUACCAUACUACUACUUCCUUUGAUAUGGGGCAGGAAGCUCAGGUGUUGAAGAUUCCUCGUGCUGAUUGCCGUGAUGUGGAUGGAAGGUCGCCCCUGCUUUCCAUGUAUCGUGAGUCAUCAUCCCCAAAAGUUUUGCAGCCUGACCAUUCCAUCGCCUUGGAAAACAGGUUGGAAGUAAGAGAUUCUAAAGCGACUAGUAGGGAUCUCAGGGUUGAGCACUGCGACACCAAGGUAGAAUCGAGGGAGUUGUACCUAGGCGCUAAAGGUGAUAAAGAUGUAAGAGUUGAGAGUAGUGGGGAUGAUAACAAAGAAGAUGCUAUUCCUGAUCUUGAAUACAAGGGUGAUCCAAAGAUGGAAAAUGAUGUUUAUGGCGCAGUGAGUAGUCACCUAAAAUGGAAAUAUUCGAAAGAACAGAAAAUGGGAAAAAGGAAUCCUGAUGCUCGGGUUGAAAUGGUGGAUCCUUGGCAUACUUCGUGUUCUAAUUUGUCCAGUCUAGUUGAGGUUGAAAAGGAUGGCUUGACCACUGAAGUGAAGGAUUACGUUGCAGCGCAUGAGGCUGUUGGGGAAAACAAAGUUGAUUUGAAAGCUGUGGAUAAAUUAAAGGGGAAAGAUAGGAAAAGGAAAGAGGGGAAGCACCGGGAAUGGGCAGAAAGGGAUCGUACGAACAACUUGCAAGUAGGUAAUGGUAGUGGUGAGGGCAAAGAAUCAAUAAAGGAUGGAGGAGAAGCUGUGAGGUUGGAGAGGGAUAGAAAGGAUCGUUUGAAAGAUAAGGAGAAACCGAAGGAGAGGGAGAAGGAUCAUGCCAAGAAAGAAGGAUGGAACAAAGUUGAGAAAGAUGGUUCACACAAUGAGAAGGAACCGGUGGAUGUAUCUGGCAGCACACCGGGGCAGGAAAAUGCAAUGUUAGAGCAGAAGAAACAGAAAGACCAUGACAGCUGGAAAACUGUUAAUAAGGGAGCUAGAGAGAGGAGGAAAGAAAGAAAUGCUAAUGUAGAAGGCGAGAGACCCGAAAAUCGCGGUAGGUGCCAUGAAAAAGAAUCAAAUGAUGGAUGUGUGGAUGCUGAAGGAGGUAUGGAGAGUGAAAAAGAUGUUUCUAAUUAUGGAGUUCCGCAGAAUAAGAGGAUGCUACUGCCGAAGGGCAGUCCCCAAAAGGAAAACCUUGAGCCCCGUUUUAUAUCCUGUACUCAAGAUAAUGAAGGAUCUCAAGGUAAGUUUGAAGAGUCAACUGCUGUUUAUAGAGUUGGUAAAUGUAUGCAAGGACUGAUAAAAUUGUGGAAAGAAUAUGAAUCAUCUCAGGCUGAUAAAAAUGGUCAAAGCUCUCAAAAUGGUCCGACCCUAGAAAUCCUGAUACCAGCCGAGCAUGUUACUGCUACUAAUCGCCAAGUUAGAAGUGGCCAGCUAUGGGGAACAGAUACAUACACUGAUGAUUCGGACCUUGUUGCUGUUCUGAUGCACACAGGUUUCUAUCACCCAAGUGCUUCUCCUCCUCCACCAGCUAUCCAGGAGUUACGUGCUACUAUUAGAGUUCUACCUCCACAAGAUUGCUAUAUUUCUACAAUUAGAAACAAUGUUCGUUCCCGUGCCUGGGGUGCUGCCGUUGGUUGCAGUUAUCGUGUUGAACGGUGUUGCAUUGUCAAGAAAGGAGGCGAGACCAGGGAUCUUGAACCUUGUCUGAUAAAUACAUCAAGCAUAAAGCCUACUCUCGCUCCAGCUGCUGUAGAGCCCAAGAUAAUUACGAGGGCUGCAGCUUUGAAUGCAUUACGGAAACAAAGAUUUGUACGUGAAGUGACAGUACAGUACAAUCUAUGCAAUGAGCCUUGGAUCAAAUACAAUAUAAAUAUUGUUGCUGACAAGGGCUUGAAGAUGCCCCUUUAUACAUCUGCACGGCUGAAGAAGGGAGAAGUUCUAUAUUUGGAAACCUACUCUCGCAGGUAUGAACUCUGCUUUACUGGGGAUAAGAUGGUCAAGGCUUCAACUGUGUCUCAAGCACAUGAAACAGUGACAGAGAAAUCUCCAACUCACAACCUUCUUUCUAGAAAUGGUGAAAAAAGUGCACUGGACUGUGAGAGCAUUAUGAUAGAUUUAUUUCGAUGGUCUCGUUGUAAGAAGCCUCUUCCCCGAGAAGUCAUGUAUGCAAUUGGCGUCCCACUACCCCUUGAACAUCUGGAGGUAUUAGAGGAGAAUGUUGGUUGGGAGGACAUCCUGUGGUCACAAACUGGUGUUUGUAUAGCUGGAAAAGAAUAUCCUGUCACUCGGGUGCACUUCUUUUCUCCAAAUUAGGCGGUCCCUUUGGUUUGUCUCUGCAGUGACCUUUAAGGCGGCUGCCUGAAGCGAGCAAUCUGUUAGUGACGACAUGCUUUAUAUAUUUGUUCCAUAAAAGUUAUUUGGUGUUAACUUGUUACUUUUAUAAGACAUUAUAGCAGUUUGGACCUUUUCUUUUUUCUUC